UUUCUGUUAGAAAACGCGGCAUGUUUACAAGCAGAAGAGCGGCGCCACUCAAGGGAACUGCAUGUGGUGCUUGUCUUCUCCGCUCUCUGAAGGAUAUGGAUACGGAGGAGAUACUACGCCUGCUUGAGGCCUCUGAGGAGGAGGAGGAGGAUGAAGAGGAAGGUGAUGACUGGCCAACUGCUUCUCUUGAGGCCACUGAACUUUUUCCUCAUGGAACAAUAAUUACUGAGACAGACACAGAAGAUGAGUCGCAAGUGGAUGAGGUCGAGUCUUCAUCAGAUGCUCCAAGCACAAGUACAGCACAUCUUGAUGAUCUGGCAGUACAUCCAUCACCAAAUCAUGCAUCAAAUCAAAGGAGAGUGGUAAAUAGAUCACACUUAUUUCACAGAGAUUCACAUUUUAGGAAAAUGUUUCCAGCAGAUACUGAUGAAGCUGCAAUUACAGAGCCUACUGUUGUUUCUCCAGUUGAAUAUUUUUCAGGUUAUAUUUCUGAGGAAAUAUGGAAUGCACUUACACUGGAAACACAAAAAAAACAUAUGUCAGAGACAGGCAAGCCCUUAGCUUUGACUGUGGAGGAGAUGAAAACAUUUAUAGGCAUAACAUUUGUGAUGUCUGUCUUGGCUAGAAUACAGACAUGA